AGAAAAAAAUUGUUAUCUGCAUUUACUUCGUAUACUUAUAUUACGCUUGGAAAGUUGUUAUUACGUAUUUAGAUUCGGCGGAAGUGAGAAAAUUCGAGACUCAAUAGAAGGCAUUAGAAGGUCGAGUGUGACAAAUCAUGGAUACAUAAAUAUAUUCUCUUUCAUUUUCAUCGCAACUCACACGUAACCACAAAUGCUUCAUAUCAAUUAUAACGCCUAAAUGUUCAAUUAUUGAUCGGUAAUCUUGAUUAAACGAACAAAAUAUGGAACCAGUUCAAUCUGAAAGUCGUAAAGUGAUGGAAAUAAGUGCAGAGAAUAAGGAGCUAUCUUUUAAGUUGGAUGAACCUGUUACUACAGUUUUAAAUUCAAGUUUCUUAAAUGACGUCAAUGGCAGUGAGGACGAAAGCCUUUCUUUUAUUGUGCUUGGGAAAGAUUCUGUAGAUGCCCAGGCUUCCUUGUUGGCUUCCUAUGUUGACAUCCAGCAGAAGAGCAUGUCAAUCGAUUACAAAUCAAUGGUGUCGUCACUGAAUGUGACCGAGAUGCAACAGAGAUUGGUGGACGUGUUGCAGGAAAACGUAAAGUUAAAGGAAACCUUAAGACAGAAUAACGAAUCUAUGAAACAUCAGUUUACUACCUUGGCAGCCUGGCAAGAGGCAGUGACAAAGGUCCAUCAAAAUCACAAACAGAAGUUUGCAGAGACUAAAGAAUUAAUAAACCAUCUUAAGGAGGAAAAUGCAGAGUUAAAAGCUAAACUCUGGAUGUUUCAUCACACUGAGGAUACAGGAUUUGAAACGAUUAAUGCUUCUUCUGAAUCUACCAUUAAUAUUUCUAAUCAAGCAGAACUUGAGCAGAACAUACCCAAACUUACAGAUGCAAUAUCAAAAAUGAAUAUGGAAAAGUAUAAAGAAUACAUAGCAUCUGUAAUAUCUGAGAAAUUUACUGAUAAAGAUCUACAACAACCCUCAAAAGUGGAAAAGGAUUUAGAAUCGGCAAUGAAAUCAUUAAACUAUAGUGACAGCUAUAGUUUUGAAGAAUGUGUAAAAACUGUUGAAAGUCUGAAAUUUUCAGAAGUGUGUUCUGCAAAAGAUCAGGAAAUUGCUUCCUUGAAAGAAUCUAUUGCUUUGCUUAAACAAAAACUACAAUUUGUUCUUAAUCCAAUCAGAUCCCAAGAUUUAUCGGAAACGUCCAAUUUAAAUCGUCAGAAAUUCAUGCAAAAUAUAAAGCAGUAUAACGAUAUGUUGCAAGAAUUAACUGAAUGUUUUAUAAUACAAGUGGGACGUUUUGCUACCAUAGAAAAAAGUUUAAAGGAAAUUACGGAUAUACUUAAACUUGACGAUAACUCAAACAUACAGUGUCAAGAAAAAUUAUCUCAGUGUUGCAAACAAUUAGCUGAUGAGCAAGUACAAAUUAUUACUGAUAGACAAACACUAAUUAAGUCACAAAAUCAAUUUCAAAAGAUAUUUUCUGAUUAUAAUUCUAUCUUAUAUGAAAUGGAAAUAAUUCUCGAUGAAAAUACAAAGUUAAAUUUACAAACAUCAGAACAACUAGAACAGAUUAAAAGCGACAGGCAAUUAUUAGAAGAAGAAAGAAAAAUUCUCGAUCAAGAGAAAAACGACCUAAAGAAAGAAAAAGAAUCGUUCGAAAAUCAGAAAAGUAGCUUAGAUGUGGAACGUGUGUCAUUACAAGAAGAGAAAAAACUUGUGGAACAAGAAAAAAUUACUUUGAAGGAAGAAAAAAUAUCACUUGAUCAUCAAAGUAAGUUAUAUGAAAAUUGCGAGAAAGAUUUACAAAAUGAGAAAAAAACAUUGCAAGUUCGUUACGAACAGUUGACGGGUGAGACAAAUGGUCUGCGACAGGAAAUUGAAGAGAAGAAUACAGAACUUCAAAAAUUGAUGAAGCAACUUUCGCAAAGCGCAGAACAGAUAGAACUGCUAAAAUCGCAAUUAACGGUCUAUGAAGAAGACUUUCAGCAGGAGAAGGGAGUAAAAGAAGUUUUGUUGGAAGAAAAGAUUAAUUUGAGUACAGAACUCGAAAAGCAAAUAAGACUUAACAGAGAAUUACAAGAACUUAAUGACGUUGUCAUAGUUCAUAAUAAAAACUCUAGUAUCAAUUCAGAACAAGCGUCCGAACACUCAAAUGACUCCAUGCGAAUAUGCCCAAAAUGCUUGAUGGCAUUUCAGAAUUUAUCAGAUUUAAUGAAACAUGUUGAAACAUGUAUAAACUAAUCAAAAAUACAUGAGUAUAUAAUCAUAUUUAUAUGUUUUUGUGAAAACAUAUAAGUUUGAUAAUAUAAAUACGCUAAACUGUUUUUGUUAAAACCAAUUAGAGUGCAUACAAAGAGAGUAAGCUUCAUAUUAGCACAUAUGUGUAUUAAUAAUGUAGUCUCUUCUUCUUUCUUAUAUUGUUGAAGUAUUAAUUUCAGUUGAUUUUUGUAUUGAUAAAGAAUAUUUUACAAUAGAUGGCUUUUAAUGUCAUUAUGACGCAUAUAUGAUAAUUUUAUACAUAGACUGGAUACUUCUGUAAUAAUUAGACUAAUGUUAAAAAAUGCCAUACGUUUUAAAUCUAAUUUUAACAAAGUUGUGUAUUAUAGAACAUAUUUAAUGUAUAUAAAAAGCAUAUAUUUUUAGAAAUGCUAGUUUGUAAUUAGUAGGGAUGCACUUUGAAAAAAUAUUCAGAUAUUUUUCGAUAUUUCACACUUGUUAGUGAACAUCUCUAUUUUAAUAUUUGAUAUAAUUUAGAAGGCAGUGCCAAAGAAAGAAAAAGAUUAAUAAUUCUUUUAACAAGAGAUGAUUACAAUGAUAGGAGAAAUAUCUAAAUUUUACACGAGAACAUAAUUUUUACAUUACGUCAUUUAUAUAAUUGUGUACAUCAUAUCUGUACGAAACCGUUAGUUACCUCAUGUAAUAGUAAGUAAAUAAUAAAUAAUUUUGAAAAAACGUA